AGCCAGAGUAGGACCACAAGUCUAGUCAUAGACAAGUCUAUCUCUGACUAUAUAAAGAGAGACCAGUGAGAAAAUAAUAAUAUAAAUAUUCUGUGUUUGUUCACUAAAUUCUACAUUCUUUAUACAGUUUCAGUUUAGCAAAAUAAAACGGUGAAUGAAUAUUUUCUGAGUACUCACACGUGUAACUGAGUACUCACUGAGUAACAAUACUCAGAAAUUGUUAGCAGUACCAAUAUGGGUACUCAUGGACGAAUUAUGAGUAAAGUCGUAUUCAUCGUAUGAGUACUUUCACUAGGGUAGCCAUCACUUUUUGACGUUUAUGAUUUGUGACUUUUUGUUUACUGUUUAUCAAAUGUAACAGAAAGUCAAUUAUUCAAAAAAAUCGACUGUCAUUCACAAUGCCGUUUAGUUCAAAAUAACAAAAUUUUCUUAACAUUUUUGAAAAGUAAAACAUUCAAGAAAAUGUGUACGGAUAAACAUAAAAUAACGUCUCUACAACGUAUACACAUCAUAAUUUUAUUAUUCCAUAGCUGUUUUUCUAUCGUAGUAGAUAUCAAACUAUAGACUAAAUCAGAUUAUGGAACAUCGGUUCAGUCCUGGCAAGAACUUUUUAUGACUCAGUUUAGAAAUAAAUUCAUUUUGUCAACUUUUGUUAUGACAGACUCGAAAAAUUGCCAGCAAUUUCUUCUAACGUAUUUUCCUUACUAUCUUCCUCAUUUCACAUGUGAAAAAAACAUCAGAAAGUGGUUGAAGUUAUGAAAGAAAGCAAUAGCUAAAUUGUGAUUAAUAUUUAAACAUGCACCAUAUUCAUCAUAUAAAGAUACUAUUGCAACAUUUUCUAUUAAAGAAUUUAAUAUAUCCCACAACGUUUACAAAAAUAUCGACUAUUAUUUAGAUGCAAUAUUUGUUGUUUUUUUUGAAAUUGUCAUCUUGACAAUGAAAGAACCGCUUUCUGACACUCGAAACGGUGUCUAGUCUCGGAUUAGUUGAAGAUAUUAUACCUUAAUUACAAAAAAGAGAUGAUAAAUUUUUGAAAAUUAUUUUUUAGUGUUAUUCUUGAAUUGAAAAAAAAGGUUUUUUUGUAAUACCAAAAAGUAAGAACGUUUAGUUAGGUAGUGGAUGGGACAUUUUAUGUUUUACAGCGGUAUAAAAUUGUAGGAGGGAUGCACUCAGGAUGAACGCUACUGUAAGAUAGUUAAACUAAUAUCAAUGAAUUUGAAUUUAAAAUGAUAAAAUUAAGUCUCUAUGUUAAAUUUGUGUAGAUGAGAUGGCUAUGUAUAAUUAAUUUAGUUGUACUUAGGGUUGACCAAAAGUUCGUAGAACGAUGAUGCUCGCUUCCCUUACAUCGUGAUCAAAACCUUUGGUCAGCUCUAAGUAUAUUCUGAUAGCGCUUGAAUUUCUCUAUCGUCCGAUAUAUUUGUCUACUGUCCUGCAUUUAUCUAUUGCAAAAAUAACUUGAAUACAAUGAAGAUAUCCUUAAUUGACAAGUACGAAAAUUCGCUGCUUUUUAUGCUUUUUCAAAUUAUAGAUACUAUGGAAAUAAAUCUUUAUAAAAGGAAUUAAACAUUCUGAUAGAGCUUCAAAUUCUCUAUCGUCCUGUAUAUUUUUGUCUUAUCUUGCAUUUAUGUGCUAAAGAAUAAUUUGACUAUCAUGCAGGCACGCUUGUCAAUUGAGGGUGUCUUCAUUGUACUCAAGUUAUUUUUGCAAUAGAUAAAUGCAAGACAGUAGACAAGGACGAUAAAGAAUUUCCAGCGCUAUCAGAAUAUACUUAGGGCUGACCAAACGUUUUAAUCACGGUGUGAGGAGCGGAGGACGGAAUCACCGUUCUACGAACUUUUGGUCAACCCUAAGUAUUUAAUUUUGCGCAAAAAAAAAUGAUCAUAGUAUAAUAAAAAUUUUAAUUGAAUAAUCUCAUCGGACGUGUGUGCGUGUGUGUGUGUGUGUGUGUGCUAGUAAUAUUUUUCUAGUGUUAAAACCAUUUAAAAAUCAAACACAGCAAACGCGUAGAAAACAGAGCAAAAACUAGGUCACUAUUUAUCUUUCUUUAGAUUUUUACAUUACCGAUGAAAUGUUUCUUUCAUAUAUUGAAGAGAAGUUUUUUGUUAACAAUGGUUUUCUAUUACUCAAAUCAUUGGAUAAUAAAAAUGAGGAUGUUAAUGUUGUUUAGUUUUUACAGAAUCUUGUAGUUCAAGUAGACAUGAUGCUAAAAUAUGUGAAUCAGUCAAUAGUCUCAUAAUUCAUCAACAUUUUGGGAUGUACUUUGUUGUAUUCUUGAGAUAAGAGCUACUGCGUGACAUCAUCAAUGAUUACAUAUUUCAUAGAAUUUGAACAAAAGAUGACCAAGACGAACGAAAAGCUAUACGCUGAAAGUUUUCUUGAUUUAAUGAGUCAUGAAUUUUUUUGUUUUUUAUAGUGACAAGUGGAGAAAGUGUUAUUGACAUAGAUAAUUACACAAUAUAUGAAAUGUCGGAACAAGGGUCAUUGAAUCUCAAAAAACAAGAAGACUUUUAUUAUUACUCACAGAAGAAAAAAGCUCGUCUUUUAAGAAAUUUUUUAUUAAUCCAGAGGUAGUGGAAAGAAUGGUUAAGAGACACCACAUGACACCACAUUUGACCUAAUUAUAUUGUAAAAUUGAUUAAUUUACUAAAUUGAAUUGCUUUUUAAGAUAUGGGCCGAAAACGUAAUGGUCAACAUUAUUUAUUAUUAUUAUGGAAAAAUUAUUUAUUGUCGCGUCGAAUGCUCAUAAGAACAUUUCUUGAAAUAACCUUGCCAGUCUUUUUUGCUAUAUUAUUACUCGGUAUUCGACGUAUUGUAAAAUCUGAAAUUAUUACUGAAGAUACUAAUUAUAAACCAUUUUCUAUUAAUGAAUUACCAAAUUUUACCGAAAUAAAACCGAGCACAUUUGCCUACGCACCAAAUACAACUUUUACAAAAAAAAUUGCAAAGAGAGUUGCUGCUGAUCUAAAGUUAGGAGUAUCAGAAUAUGCAACUGAAGAGGACCUGGUUCACAAUAUUCGAGAUUCAACAGUUACACUAGGUGGUAUUGUGUUUACGUCCCUGCCCAAUGAAACGUCUAAUGAUAUCACUUAUAAAAUUCGUCUGUCAUCAAAACCGAAAAAUACUGGACAAUCAACGAGUCUAUUUGGUGGUGACACGGACUGGAAAACAAAUUUAUUAUAUAUAGUAUUUCCGUUAGUGGGUCCUAGGGAAAAAAAUUCUACAACGGGUGGCGAUCCAGGAUACUAUCGAGAAGGUUUUUUGACCCUUCAACGUUCAAUUGAUUUUGCCAUAAUUAAUGAGAGAAAUUUAUCAUCCAUUAAUGAAAUAAAAUUAGAAUUACAGCGAUUUCCCUAUCCUCCAUAUAAAUCCGAUAAUUUUGUCCUAAUUAUUCAAAUAUGGUUUCCAUUUUUGUUAAUUAUGAGCUACAUUUUCUCGGCUAUAAAUACCGUAAAAAAUAUUGUCUACGAAAAAGAAAAAGGACUCAAAGAAGCUAUGAAAGUUAUGGGUUUAAAUAGUUGGAUUCAUUGGCUUGCAUGGUUUACUCGAAGUAUUGUGUUUUUAGUAAUAGCCGAUGUUCUUAUCAGUUUAUGUUAUGUUAUCAAAGUACCACUUUCAAAUGGUGGCAAGAGUUCAGUAAUUGGAGAAUCAAGCAUUACACUACUAUUUGUCUUCUUAUUUUCAUAUUCAAUUACAUCAAUUUGUUUCAUGUUUUUAAUUAGUAGUUUAUUCGAUAAAGCUAAUUCGGCCGCUGCAGGGGCCGGUGGACUUUGGUUUAUAUCAUAUUUACCUUAUGCAUUUAUCCAACCACGUUAUGCAUCAAACGAGUAG